AUGAAACUCAUACUCACCGGCUGCACGGGCAUGAUCGGCUCAGAAGUCCUCCGCCAAGCCAUCCUCCACCCGUCCAUAACAUCUAUCAUCGUCCUCUCUCGCCGAGACCUUCAACCUUCCCAACUCUCACCCAAGGUCAAAGUCAUCAUCCUCUCAGACUUCACCUCCUGCCCCAACAACAUCUGGACAGACCUCGAAGAAGCAGAAGCUUGCAUCUGGUCCUUAGGCGGGAUACCCUCAAGAUUUCUAGAUCUUGAAACUGCCAGGAAGGUUAAUAUCGACUAUCCCUUCGAGGCCGCGAAGGCGUUUAUUGAGAGGCUGUGUUCUCCGGGCAGGAAGUUUAGGUUCCUGUAUGUUAGUGGACAUGCGGUGCAUCGUGAUUUAGAGAAAAAGAAUGGGCUUUUUAAUGAUGCGAUACGUAUCAAGGCAGAAAUCGAGAUCAAGCUCAACCAGCUCCAAGAAGAAAAUCAGGAAACUUUCGCUGCAUAUUUUCCCAGAGUAGGAAGUGUGAUUCCGCCGAACAACAAGUUGUUGAGUAUUGCUGGGUCCCUAACGAACUCAUUGUAUCCAGCGCUAAAAGCAGAGGAAUUGGCUGCUUCGAUGAUUGACGUUGCCAUCAACGGUGGAGCAGAACAGAUUGUCUCCCACGAUGAACUGAAGAAUAGAGGAAGAUCGCUACUGGACAAGCAUUUGUGA